AUGGUCACUAAAAACAGAAGAAUCAGGAUAGGGUGGACAAUGGCCCGUGUGGAUCUAUUACCAGCUAGACCCACCCAAUGUUACCGAUGCCUGGAAAACGGCCAUGUUAGGAGCCAGUGCCGAAAUGAACACGAUAGGGGAGCUGCUUGUUAUAGAUGUGGCCAGGGAGGACAUAUAGCAAAAGAUUGCCUGGAACAAGUACACUGUGUGAUCUGUUCAGAGAGAAAUCUCAGAGCGGACCACAGAAUGGGGGGUCCAGCCUGCAAGCCUCUUCCUUUAAGGAAGAAAGACAACAGAGUCGGAAAAAAUAAAGAAAAUAUGCAGACUAUUACGUCCUGA